GAUUGUCCAUCGGUCAGUAGCCAGCACAUAAUUUCAUUAUACGACAUUACGAUUUAUAUGUUUGACAAUAAAAGACUAUAAUUUACGUUUGCGUUAUUAUUCACAUUAAUGAUACACAACAAAUUGGCGACGAAGAUAAUUCAAAUCGUUUGAUCGUAAUCACUAUUGCUUAAAAAAAAAAAGAAAUAAAGAAAUGACAACUCCGAAGACUGAUUCCAUAAUGAACUUCAGUCAAGUUAUUGGGUCACCAGGAACUUUUGAAACAGGUAUGGACAUAACAAUUUUCGAGUCAAAAUUAACAAAUUUUUUUAUGGCAAAUUCGAUUGAAAACAAGAUUCAAAAAAGAGCAAUUUUACUAUCGUCAGUGAGUGAAGAAAUACAUAAAGUGCUUUUCAGUUUAUGUGUUCCUAGCACGCCUAACGAUGUGGAGUAUGAUACUCUAAUAAAAAGUUUGAAUAAAUAUUUCAAACCGGUAAAAUCGUACUUUGCGGCUAGGUAUACAUUUUAUCAAGCUAGACAAAGACAAGAUGAAUCAGUGUGCCAAUGGGGUGCACGUGUCAAAAAUCUUGCUUCAAAAUGUGGCUUUUCAUCGGAAUUAACAACGGUUAUUCGAGACAUAUUUGUUGUCGGCAUGGGUUCAGGACCAAUACAAGAUCGUCUGUUAGAAGAAGAUGCUGCAAAUGUUGGAGUUACAUAUUCAAAACUAAUGGAAAUUGCGACAGCCAAAGAAGCUGCAAUCAACGACAAAAGCAGCUGGAACAAAGAAGAACGCGUAGAUUUGAAGUACCAGAAAAAAAGCAAUGGACAUAGUCAAGCCAAGCAGGGGUUUCAUUCAAAAAUCAAAUGCGGGGUUUGUGGCCGUUCCAAUCACCUUCAAAAAGACUGCAGAUACAAGGACUACGAAUGCAACAAUUGCGGUGAAAAGGGUCAUUUGUCAACUGUAUGUAAAAAGGGUAAGAAAGAAAUGAAUAAUAAUAAAAAGACACAAAAUAAAUUUUUAUACGAUAACGACGAUGAUGACGAAACAGUUAAUUAUGAUCUUGCGAAUACUUUUUUUUCUAUUGUUGAUCAAAAUUCUCAAAAAAAGGCGGUGAAACCGUUUACAGUAAAUUUAAUCGUAGAAAACAACAACGUUAACUUCGAAAUUGACACUGGUUCACAACACAGCGUAAUUUCAAAAAGAUUAUAUCAUCAACUGUUUAGUCAUAUCAUAUUAAAAAAAAAUGAUAUCUCGCUCUCCGAUUACGUCGGCAACGAAAUUAAACCGAUUGGAAAAACAUUUGUAAACGCGGCAUAUCAAAAUAAAAAAUUUACAAUGUGUCUUUAUGUAAUCGACAAUGGUGGUCCUCCACUAAUAGGUCGAAAUGAUAUAAAAAAUAUAAAAUGUUUUACUUUGUUUAAUAUUGAAAAUUACGAAAAUGUCGAUAGUAUUAUAAGCAAAUUUAACAGUGUGUUUAAAGAUGAAAUAGGUACUUUUAACAAAUACGAAAUUUCCCUAAAUAUCAAACCUGGGGCGGUACCUAAAUUUUACAAACCUAGGUCUAUUCCGUUAGCAUUAAAACCAAAGGUUGAAACCGAAAUUGAGCGUUUAAUUAAAAGCAAUAUUUUAGUUCCCGUCGACCACAGUGAAUGGGCAACUCCAAUAGUACCAAUAUUAAAACCGGACGGCACGGUUAGAAUUUGCGGUGAUUUUAAAAUAACAAUUAAUCCGGUAUUAGAAGGGACCGAAUACCCUCUUCCAAAAAUAGAACAUUUAUUUGCAAAUGUUAGUGGUUCAAAAUAUUUUUCAAAAAUAGAUUUAAAAGACGCAUACCAACAAAUGGUCAUUAAAGAAUCUGAUCGCAAAUAUACCACUAUUAAUACACACAAAGGUUUAUUUAGCUAUACCCGUAACCCUUUCGGUAUAAAAUCAUCGGCAGGGGAGUUCCAAAAAGCUAUGGAAACUUGCGCAGCAGGACUUGAGGGCAUAGGUAUAUUCCAAGAUGAUAUAAUUGUUGCAGGAUCUACUAUCACAGAGCACAAUGCUCGUCUGGAAAAAUUACUAAAUGUAUUGUCUAAUACAGGUUUAAGAGUUAAGUUGAAUAAGUGCAAAUUUAUGCAAAAAUCAAUUGAAUAUUUGGGUCACAGGUUAGAUGAAAAUGGUCUACACACACUAACAAAACACACAGAUGUUAUAAGCAAUGCAACUGUCCCAGAAAAUAAAACAUUGCUAAAAUCAUUUUUAGGUUUAGUCACGUAUUAUAUAAAAUUUAUACCAAACGCUGCAAAUAUUUUAAAACCACUGUACGUACUUUUACGUAACGGCAGUGAAUGGAAUUGGACACCAGAAUGUGACAAAGCAUUCAAUAGAGUUAAACAAAUUUUAAUUUCGAAACCCGUAUUAGCACAUUACGAUCAUAAUAUUCCGAUUAAACUCGUAGUAGACUCAUCAUCAUAUGCACUAGGCGCAGUACUUUCGCAUGUAUAUCCAGAUCGUACAGAAAAACCUAUAGCCUAUGCCUCAAGGGUUUUAUCUGAGUCAGAAUGUAAAUUUCCACAAAUUGAAAAAGAAGCUUUGGCAAUUAUUUACGGUGUUACAAAAUUCUACGACUAUCUAUAUGGUAGGCAUUUUCUAUUAGAAACCGACCAUAAACCGUUAAUAUACAUUUUCGGUGAUAAGAAAGGUAUCCCAAUUUACGCGGCAAAUCGGUUACAACGAUGGGCCUAUGUUCUAUCAUCAUUUGAUUUCGAUAUAAAAUAUGUGAAAUCCGAAGAUAAUACAGCUGAUUUUCUAUCACGAAUAAAAGGUUCAAAAUCAAAAAUAGAAAAUCAAAAUGAAGGAUGUAUUAAUCUUAACUUUAUUCACGAACAAUCACCUUUCACAUUAGACUGGUCUAAAAUAAAAAUCGAAACAAGUAGAGACACAAUUCUCGCCAAAGUAUUAAACGCAGUCAAAACAGGAGAAUGGAAUAGUGAUUUUUCUAAUAAUCUAGAACUUAAGUCGUACAAUAUACGAAAAACUCAAAUUUCGGUGGAACAGGGAUGCCUAUUAUGGGGUUACCGUGUUAUUAUACCAGCAAAAUUUCGAAACAAUAUUCUAAGCGAACUUCAUUCAUGUCACAUGGGUUCUUCCAGUAUGAAAAGUUUAGCGAGAUCAUACUUUUGGUGGCCAGGAAUGGAUAAAGAAAUUGAAAAUAUUUCGCAAAAUUGCGACAAUUGUCUUAGUGUUAGGCAAAAUCCACCAAAAUCUAUUAUAUCACCUUGGAAAUGGCCAGAAAAACCGUGGACUAGAGUGCAUUGCGAUUUUCUUGGACCAUUUCAAAAUAAAUAUUUUUUUGUCAUUGUUGACGCAACCACAAAAUGGUUAGAAGUAUUUCAAGUAAAUUCUAUGACAGCAGAAACUGUUAUUCAAAAAUUUUCAGAAACCAUAGCACGAUUUGGCAUUCCAAAAACAAUUACAUCAGACGGCGCAAAAUGUUUCACAGGUUUUGAAUUUCAAGCAUAUUGCAAAAAUCUAGGCAUAAGGCAUAUGACAGGUGCACCUUUCCACCCGGAAUCGAACGGUUGUGCUGAAUCAGCAGUCAAAACAAUAAAAAAUUUCUUUAAAAAAUGCUCAACUAAACAAUCCCAAUUAAAUAAAUUUCUUUUGAUGUAUCGUAAUACUCCUCAUUCAACCACACGAGAAACGCCAGCUCAGCUAAUGCUAGGUCGAACAACACGUUCACAGUUUGACGCGUUAAUUCCGAGUACAAGUGAAGUGGUUAUUGAACGACAAAUAUCACAAAUAAACAAUGGCGGUAAUAGGGCUGUAUCAUUUAAUAUAGGCGAUAAUGUUUUAGCUAGAGAUUAUAGGAACAAUAACAAUAAAUGGCAAAAGGGUAAAAUUAUCAAAUGCAUAAGUUACAAUACACAUGAUGUAGAACUGGAUGACGGAACUAUUUGGACAAGGCACAAUGAUCAAUUACUGAUAGACAAAUCGUUGACACCUUCGGGUAAUUCUGUUUCACUUACACCCACUAAACAAACAAAUGAAAAUUCGGAAAAUACUGAACCAGCAGGUGAAAAUAAAAAUCCUGAUCCCAUUAUAGUGAAUAAAACACCCAGGCCAGUUAGAUCUAGAAAACCGCCUCAGCGAUACUCUCCAAGUGAUUAUGAUUAAUGUAAUAAAAAAAAAAAAUAUACACCAACAUAGCAAUUAAGUACUACACUAUAUAAUACAAAUAUAUAUAUAUAUAUUUUUUUUUUUUUCCUUUUUUUUUAAAGGAAAGAUAUGUUGCAUAUUCAGCAUUUAUAUAAUAUAAGAAACGUAGUGUUUAACCAUUAAUAAUAAUAAGUAUCAUAUUACGAUCGGUGGGGAUUGUCCAUCGGUCAGUAGCCAGCACAUAAUUUCAUUAUACGACAUUACGAUUUAUAUGUUUGACAAUAAAAGACUAUAAUUUA